AUGACAGUAGAAAAAGAGACUUACGAGAGGUUGAAGGAUUUACCUUUCGCCACACAAGGGCAGAAAAACACCCCAAAAAUUACUCAACCAAUUACUUUUUCCCUUGCAAAGGACCCUACUGGUAAAGUGACAUUAUUUCCCAUCCACGACGCCAGCCAAGUCCCCAAAACCUUGCUCAAGGUGAUCCAGCACGAAAUCAACUAUGUCAUCGAAGAGGGUGCCACUUACCCGUACCAUGAAACCAUGGACCUCGAUGAAUUUGUCCUGUACUGGUUUUCCGCGUUCGUAGCCGUUCUCAUCGAUGGUGACCACCAAUCGUUAUCAGAUGCCGACUUGCAGGACAAACUGGAAGCAUUUUGGAAAACGCACUUUUUGGGAACGUUCUACGUCAAGCCUAAUUACACGGGAAGAUGCUCGCAUGUCUGCAAUGCUGGAUUUGUAGUCAACCAUGAGAAAAGAGGUUUGGGGUUGGGCAAGGAAAUGGGUGCCAAAUACUUAAUAUGGGGUCCCCAAUUGGGAUAUGUGUAUUCGGUAUUCAAUUUGGUAUUUGAAACCAAUGUAGCAAGUUUGCGAAUCUGGGACUCACUUGGGUUUGAUCGCAUUGGCUACGUCAAGAACGUGGCCGUGUUAAAGGGCCAGAACAACCUAGUGGGAGCAUAUAUGUACGGUAAGGACCUUGUAUAG